AUGCCGCAAUCGAAGCUGCACCCUCUAGCUCAACUUUCUAGGGACGAGUUCGUUCUGGCUCGCAACUGUGUGUUGAAACAUCAUGGCCCCGAAACCUCCUUAUUCUUUCGUUCUAUCCAGCUCCAAGAACCUAAGAAGGAUGACCUCGUGCCAUUCUUGAUCGCCGAGCACGAUGGUAGUCUUGAUGAGACGACACCUCGGCCUGCACGGUGUGCUGAAGUCGAAUACGACAUGAUUACUGACACGAGGGAAUACACUCGUACAAUUGUUAAUGUUGAUAAAGCAGAGGUUGUCUCCAAAGCUAUCCUCGAGCAACAUGCGCAUCCUAACAUUGCAAUGGUCGAGGUCGAAACGUUUCAAGAUGCCUGUGUUGAAUCGCAACUCUUCAAAGACGCCAUGUCAGAAUUCACACUGCCGGAAGGCUUCGCUGUAUGCAUCGAUCCUUGGCCUUAUGGCGGGACCUUUGAAGAUGGCUACCCGUCUCGCUAUAUGCAAGGUCUCGUUUUUGGAAAGAAUGUGUCCCACAACAAUCCCGACUCGAACCACUAUGCCUAUCCUAUACCUAUCAUUCCGGUCAUGGAUCUAGAGACGAAGAACAUCAUUCGUGUUGAUCGACUUGCUACGGGCAGCUCAGAUGAUGACUUCGAGGCCAAAGAAAGGGAUGCAUCGCCAAAGAAGUUGUUCCAGAACAGUCACGCAGCAGAGUAUGUCCCAGAACUUCUGGACAGACCCGUUCGUGAAGGUCUGAAGCCCCUCAAUGUGACACAACCUGAGGGUGCAUCGUUUACAAUCUCGUCUGAUGGUUUAGUCGAAUGGCAAAAAUGGCGGUUCCGUCUCGGGUUCACUCCACGCGAAGGUGCUGUUCUUCACGAUAUCUGCUACGAGAACCGAAGCAUCUUGUAUCGUCUCAGCUAUAGCGAACUGACCGUUCCAUAUGGCGAUCCUCGCCCGCCUUUUCACCGCAAGCAUGCCUUUGAUCUUGGAGAUGGAGGUGUCGGAAGAGCUGCCAACAAUCUCCAGCUCGGAUGUGAUUGCCUUGGAGCGAUUCACUAUGUUGAUUCAUAUCUUGCUGGCCCGGAUGGCCUGCCAACACCCGCAAAGUCUGUCAUAUGCUUGCACGAACAAGACAAUGGUAUCUUGUGGAAACACACAAACUUCCGCACUAACAGAGCCGUCGUCACACGUAUGAGAGAGCUCGUUGUGCAAUUCAUAGUCACGUUGGCGAACUAUGAAUACAUCUUUGCGUAUAAGCUCGAUCUUUCUGGAAACAUUACCAUUGAGACUCGUGCAACUGGUGUUGUUAGCGUCGUUGGGAUAGACGAGGGCAAAACGAGUCAAUAUGGUAAUGUUGUUGCGCCUGGUGUUCUCGCCCAGAAUCAUCAGCAUAUUUUCUCAGUGCGAAUUGACCCGGCCGUUGAUUCGUAUGACGCCCAGGAUGCACAAGUCGUCGUGGAAGAGAGCGUCGGAAGACGUAUUGAUCCAAAGACCAACCCGAGAGGAAACUUGUACGAAAUCGAGCGUAAGAAAGUAUCAAAGGCGUCAUGGGUAGAUGCAGAGCCACGCCUAAACCGUCUAAUCAAGCUGGAGCAUGCUACGAAGCGCAACGUCAUGUCAGGUCGACAGGUGGGAUACAGGCUCAUACCACCAGCGACCCAGAUGAUGCUGGCAGAUGUGGCGAGCGUAGCUGCUGCGAGAGCUCCGUUUGCUCAACAUAAUGUCUGGUUCACUGGUUAUCGUGAUGGAGAGCUGUGGGCGGCGGGUGAGUUUACAAACCAGAGUAACACCGAGGUUGGGGGAGUGUCUGAUAUGGUCAAGAGAGGAGACUGGUUUACGGACGAGGGUAAUGGAGAGACGACGAACGGAAAUCAUGGGGAUAAUGAAAAAGGACGACUAAGUAGCCCUGUCGUAUGGGUAUCCUUUGGCCUCACUCACAACCCGAGAGUUGAGGAUUGGCCUGUCAUGCCGGUUGAAAUCCAACAGAUCCACCUUCGUCCCGCCGACUUCUUCACAGCCAACCCUGCCUUGGAUGUCCCAUCGACUAGGAACGAGAGCAGCGUGCUCGUGUCUUGCUGUGACAAGACAAAGGUUUCUGGACAGGAUAAGGAACCACUGGUACAGGACAGUCCGAUAAGCCAUCUCCAAGGCAGUGGAAAUGGCAUUGAGGCGAGGACGGCCGGUGCCCAUGUUGACAACGGAACUGAGGCAUAA